UUGAACCUGACAGUUUACAAAUUUUACUACAAUCCUGGAAUGUUGAAAACAUGUACGAUCAUCUUAAAGAUGAAAAUGUUACAAUUGAAGUUCUGGAAAUCAUAAAAUGUGACCAUUUGAAAGAAUUACUAAACAAAUUUAAACUCGGUGAUCGGGUUGUUCUCGAAUUGCAUUUUGAGAAUUGGAGGAAUGAAAUCGACAAACCUCUGGAUUUUCACUCAUCAUCACAUCGCUCGUGUCAUAACUGCUCCUCAACCUUCUCUUCGAUCAAUUCAAAGUCUCCUAUUUGUUAUACAACCGAUUCUACCUCGCAAGAGUCUCAGGAAGUAAGAUUAAUAACGCUUGCGGUAAUUUUAAAUUCGGAUGCUUAUUAAUACCAUUGUCAACUAUUUCAUCAACCAAGGCCUUCAUAUGUCCCUUCAAAGCAGCCACUGCUUAGAAAAAUAAAUUUGGAAAUUUUUCCAAAUGAAAAACUAAGUUUCUACAGAACAGAAAAGAGGGAGAAAUUGUAUACGAAAUUUUGCAACACAGAAAAAAGCCUCAAAAGCCACAGUUUGGAUGCUAAGAAAAUUCGACCAACAUCUCCAGAGUUGGAAGA